AUGGUUUGCUUUCAUUGCAACCAAACCGGACACCGGAAGGCCGAGUAUCCGCAGCUGCGGGGGACAGCACAGGGAGCACCGCAGGGAGCACCGCAGGGAUCUGCCUCUGCUGGCAUGCGAGCUACUAAGGUUCGGCCAGUAAAGGCCGAGGCACCGAAGGCUCGCGGGAGAGCCUUCAAGUUGACAGCAGAAGAGGUCCGCGCGGCGCACGAUGUCGUGGCUGGUACUUUUCUUGUGAGUUUUGUACCUUCUUUGGUGUUAUUUGACUCGGGUGUGAGUCGGUCAUUUGUGUCUUUAGCGUUUAAUCAGCACAUCAGUAUCCAGCGGGAGGCGUUGAGUCGGCCUCUACGAGUUUCCAUAGCUGACGAGCGAGCGGUGUAUGCUACGGAUGUGAUUCGAGGAUGUGUACUCGAGAUCUUCGGUGUUGAGUUCCUGAUAGAUCUGGUCCCGAUUGCGAUGGGGGACGUGUGUGUCAUAGUGGGCAUGGAUUGGUUGAGCUGA